AUGCCUCCGGCGGCGAAAAGAAGAAAGACCUUGGCAACUACGACACGUUCAUUGACUGCUCCUGCCGCUCAGCGAGGAAUCCAGGCUUUUGGCAAGAUCUCCAAGUCGCAAGUACAAGAUCCUGGGCAAGGCCACUUGAGCAAGGACAGCACUGCAAAACAUAGCAAGGACGCUCUCAGCGGCCAAAAUAGCAAGAAGCGGAAGCUGGGAUCCAUAUGGAGUCCUGCGCACAAGGAGGAAGGCGAGAAAGCGUCGAGCCUGAGCGAGCAGGCACCACCCAUAGAUGGCAGCAGCAGCAGAGAGGUGGAAAGAUCGGCUGAUCCACCAACGUCAACCUCAACUCAGACAAGUGAUCCUCGAAAGAAGGCGCUUUUACCAUCAAUUCACGUAGAAACCCCAACAAAAGGCGCUCGCUCGUGUGUCGAAUCCCUUGCUCUUGCUUCGUCUUCGCCCUCGAAUCCAAGCUCUUCAUCACGCACAACAUACCAUGAGACACCACCUUCAUCUCCAGCUUCUGCAGAGAGCGAAUCACUUGAACAUCACGCUUCGCACCAACUGCCAGAUGAGUUGCAUGACCUCGUCAACCUGCACUCCUCGUUCCUCACCGCCCUAUCUCUCCACUAUGCGCACAAUGGAUCCAUGACCCCUGCGGAUCUACGCAAUCUUGCACCUGGGAUUGAAAGAGCGUGGAGGAAGAGAAGAGUAUCUCCGCAAGAUGUGAGGAGGAUACUGGCCAUAGGGGAGCCUGAAGGGGCCGAUGGGCCCAAAAGAGCAGGGCCAUUUUAUCUGUCAGACUACGGUCAUGGCAAUAUUUGUGUCGAGAUCCAAGACCAUCCGAACUCAGGGACGACUACAAGGCGACCGGUCAACGAAGAAGUCCUAAAUAGAGUCUUUUUACGCGAUCUUGAGCAGCGUUGGAGGUGCUACAAGACUGAUAACCCGGCUGACCCUUCUCCUUCAAGUUUCCUUGCAUCACUCGCCUUGUUACCGAUCAUUCCAUGCACUUCUCUCUCGAAGAUCACCCCUCUCCUCUCCAAAGGACAACGGCGCCUUGAAGACCUCAAAGCUGGCGCCAUCAAAGCCCAGCAAAACCCGCUAUCUAUUACGUCUGCAAAUUCCACGACUCCUUAUCAGCCAAAAACAAAGCAAACUUCUGCUCGAUCCACAGACCUUUUCUCGCGACUCAAAGCCAAGCAACUCCACCAGUCUACCCUCCCUCUACCUCCCUCUGCAGAGGCUUUGGCUCGAAAAUCUGCACUCCAACGCCUGCACGAAAUCAUGCCUGUGCUAGAAAGUCUCUCCUUUUCCUCAAAGAAACACGCCAAUGAUGAUGCAGCCGCAGUCGGGGUUAGGUCGAUGGCAUUCCCUGUUUCUUUCACGAUACCAACGCUGGUACAGCAUCUGCAAAUGUCAUUGCGAAAUCCGAUCGGCAAGGAGGACAUAAUCAGGUGUGUAAGAGUGUUAGCGGAGGUGGCUCCGGAGUGGGUGGCGUUGAAGGACGUGGGAAGGAUGCUUGGUGUGACAAUCAAAGGAGGGGGGUUGAGAAAGGACGAAAUAGGGAGGAAGAUUGAAAGCCUCCUUGAGAAGCUGUAA